AUGAACUACCACAAUUUGACUGUAAUAGGCCUCCGAGAGGAAUUGGCAAAUCGCGGCCUGUCUGCUACUGGCAUCAAACUUAAGAAGGACUUGAUUGCACGUCUGCAGCAAGACGACAACGACAAAGCCGACGCGUUGUCUGCCAUCAAGUCAGAAGCCAACCCCAAGUCCUCCAUCACGAUUAAAGCAAACGCCAACGUUGACGUUCCGUCCGCCAUGGUCAAGGCCGAGGCUCUGCCUCUGCCGCCCAAUGAGCCAUCAGAGUAUGGUUCCGACGAUCUGUUCGACGAGCUCGAUGCCGACGCCCUGAUCAGUGCGAGCCAGCAAUCUCAGUCUGCUCUUUCCAAACCCGAGUCCUCUUUCGCUGUUCCGCCUACGCCGACGCUCAAGCGACCACUCCCCGAAGAGGACGAGUUCUCAGGUGAUGAGAUAUUCGAUGAGCCAGAAAUUGAAGAGAUAUGGACCUCGUCACAGCAGGAGAGACGUGCUGCUGAAGCACCCGUCGACAAACCUGAACAUGUUGCCCUCAUCCGCAGGCUGCUGUAUGAGAAGUUCGGUUAUCCUGGUUUCCGUGGUGAACAAGAGAAGGCCAUUCUUUCCAUUCUUAGGGGCGAAAACACCCUGACCAUCUUCCCUACUGGCGCGGGAAAAUCGCUUUGCUAUCAGAUUCCGGCAAUCGCUUUUCCGCUCAUGGACAAGAUGAAUGGUAACGAACGACCACAUGGAGCUGGCAUCACCCUUGUUAAACGAGGCAUUGCUGCUGAUUGCUCUGACUCGACGAAGACUUAUGAGCAACAUCAACAGAUCCAUGCCGAUAUUCACUCUGGAAAAUUGCGCCUCCUAUACGUGUCGCCAGAGAAGCUCAGUAACGAAGCUUUCGUUGCAAGCAUGAAACACGCGGCAGGCGGUGUAAGAUUAGUUGCCGUCGACGAGGCUCAUUGUAUAUCUGAGUGGGGCCAUUCAUUCCGUCCGACAUACUUGAUGGUAGAGCGAUUCACAAAAGAAAUCAAGGCCGAAAGGGUCAUUUGCUUGACAGCAACUGCAACCCCCAAAGUUGCCGAAGACGUACGCGCAGCGUUCGACAUCCUAGAACGCAACGAAUUCCGCACCAGUCCCUAUCGCCCCAAUCUCAGGCUGGAAGCAGUCGCUACGGACUCACAAGAAGCCAAGCUUCCGCUGUUGUUCAAAUGGCUUAGAGAGCACCCUGGCAGUACCAUAGUGUACGUCACCUUUCAGCAGCAAGCCGAAGACUUAUGCAAGGUGCUGCGCCAAAAGUCAUUCAAUGCUGCUUUCUAUCACGCUGGAAUGAAAGUCGAGGAAAAGACGGCUGUGCAAGACAGUUUCAUGGCUGACGAGGUCCGCAUCGUUGUCGCGACCAUCGCUUUUGGUAUGGGUAUUGACAAGUCAGACAUCAGAGGGGUGGUCCAUCUUGACCUCGCUUCUACAGUCGAAGAGUACAGCCAGCAGAUUGGUCGUGCUGGAAGAGAUGGAGAGCCUGGUUAUUGUAUCAUGUUCAUCUGCCACGAGGAUAUCUACUUGCGGCAGAAUUUCAGUCUCGGUGAUCUGCCUUCUCGCAAGUCAUUGCUGGGCUUCCUCAAAGAUUUGUUCGGACGCGAACGCACGCCAGACGCAGAAGGAGAGGUGAUCAAGUUGGCACACCGUGAACUGUCAACUCUUUACGAUAUCCGUCUUAGCCCUCUCGGUGUCGUUUUCGCUGCGCUUGAGUUGAGAUUUGGUCUUCUUCGUGCCAUCACACCAGACGAUCAUUCGCCGGAAGCCAGAGCCAUCUAUUCCAUGUCGACAAAAGCCGUCAAGAAUUUCACUUUCGACAUGAAGGCAGCUACCCGAAAAGGUCUUAUGCGUGCCGAUCUCGUUCAAAAACUGGAUACAUGGAAUGCUACAGGAGUCAUCAUGCUGAAAGCCUCGGGAGUCAUGAACCGCUACCGAGUUAUGAGCCCUCUGCCCACAGCCGAAGCGGACAUUCAGGCCCUGGCUGAUGAUCUCUUCGCAGAUAUGGCUCAACGCGAGAAGGACGCUCUUGGUCGAAUCGAUCAGAUGGUGGGUCUUAUCACAGGUAAAGGCUGCCUUGCUCUCGGUCUUGCACAGCACUUUGGCAUGGAGCUGCCGGAUCGCAGGCAGUCGUGUGCUCAUUGCACUUACUGCGCCUGGGGUGAGGCGGCAACUUUGGCACCAAAACCUGCUCCACCACUCAAUAUAGAAGGCGUCAGGCGAGUUCUGGCCGCUUGUCCUCAUGAUGAUCCCAGACUGUUGGCCCGCGUCGCAUUCGGCAUCAAGAGCCCCAGAAUCACUCAGCUGAAGCUCGACAAAAGCUCAGUCUUUGAGUCACUGAAAGACCAUGAGUUCAGCGCCGGCAAAUACACGAGCUUAGCUGAAGCUGGAAGAGCCAACGGAAUUACCGAGAGAUCUGGAUAUUUUCGACUCCGUGCUCGUGCAGCUGGACGAGCAUCCAAGUCCGACCGAAUCAAGAACGGCAGCCAACACAUCCGCGCCCUUCACCGCAAGAUUGGUGAAAAGGCGUACAGCAUGUUAUGUGAAAAUCUCGCGGCAGACGAACCGCUACCAAAGCCGCUGGGCAAACAAUGGCCCGCUCGGUUCCUGGAACGUCACCCAUGUAUCAUGGCUCGUCGUCCAAGGUCUCUUACUGCGCCAGAGACUGGAGAGCAAGAGGACGAGACAAGUCUGCCCUUGCCCAGAGAAGAAGCUCUUGCAAGCGAGAUACGCAACGAAGAGCCGCAACUUCUUCUCGACUGUCAGAAAUACCUCGAUCAUUCCACUGGCACGGAUGAGACGCCCAGUCAGACCCAGUCUCCCUGCACUGGCCCUGCAGCCCCUGCCAACGUCUUGCUUAUCACGGGCGGGACGAGCGAUGUCGACAGAAAUGUGUCAUCACCCACAGCAACUCCUCCUGAUCGACCAGCAGACGGAGGCUCUACAACAACUACUUCAUUUUUGUCGGCAAUCAAAGACAGUCUUGCCGAACAUAGAAUGACUUUCUCAAGCCGUCUUACGUGA